AUGCUGACCGAUGGUCUGGUUGUGUUACGGAACGUCCCAGUUGAAGACUACUCAUCGGUGCGCGUGGAACUGCUACGUUUACCGGAAUUUCCAUCCGGUACCUUUCUGCAACGGGUGGCCCAGUUCGUGAAUCGUGUCGAGAUGUACGUAUUCCAGGAGCAGACAUUUAAUAUUAUGCCCGAUAAUACCCUGCAGGAUGUAUCGUUGUUCAAAGCAAAGGCCCUACGUCAGGUACUGUUCGGUACGAACAUCCAGCUGAAAAUCUUUACAGUGUUUGACUGCUCGCUCGAUCGCAUACCGACGACGUUGUCCAACGCCCAGGAGCUGAAGGAGCUCGUAAUGGAAAGUUGCAUCGUGAAGGGUUUCUCGUUCGAUGCGUUUGCUAGCAACAGUAAGCUGUUGGCACUUGAUCUGAGUAGGAACCAAAUCACCCAGAUCUUCCCUUCGACCUUAACCGAACAACCCUCACUGGCUAUCGAGACACUGAAUCUUGCGUCAAACCAACUAGAAAACGUAGACAUGACGGCCUUCGCUCCGUUAACUGCCCUCCGCAUGCUGUCGUUGGAAUACAAUAAUUUGAUGCGACUAGCCGCUGAACGGACCGUCACAUGGCCCCUCCUUGAGGUGAUCGAUCUUCAUGCCAACCAGUUGCAGACGCUGGAUCUGCAGUGGUUAGUGGCACCCAACCUGCAGCGCUUGUGGCUCGAUGAAAAUCGUUUCCAGUCAAUUCCGCCCCGUCUGCGACGUUUCCCGAGGCUGCAGAUGCUCGGUAUGGGUAUGAAUAACUUCUCCGGCAUCGAUCUCGCCCCCCUCAAUGGACUACCGAACCUUACCACGGUGGACUUCUCCUACAAUUCCAAUGCGCGCUUCAUUCGAACGUCACGCCCCGUUCAGCUGCCAUCCAUAUCUUACAUGACGGCUGAAAGGUGUGCCCUGCAACGGUUUAACACCACCGGCAUAGAUAUGCCGGUGAUAGGCUACAUCGGUCUUGGAUGGAACAAUUUCUCUACGAUUCCGCCCCUUCGGAAGGCUCUCCCUUCACUGGAAACCUACAGUUUGGAGGGUAAUCCGUUAUCCUGUUCGACCAUCAAGAACCAGCUGGACCCGAUUUUGGCGGGCUUUAUACGUCGACUCGAGGUCAGCACAGAUCCGGAGCUAUACGUCGCGGUGCAAGAUUUGAUCCUGGCCGGCAAUGAGCUGGAGUACAUCGAUAUGGAGUUCUUCGUGCCACUCAGGCGGCUCAGGUACAUCGAUCUAGAAGGUAAUCGAUUGAAGCGAAUUGUGGUAACAGAGGGUAAGACGAUCAGAUUACCAGCGCUCAUCUCGGUAAUUCUCAACGAAAACUACUUGAGACAACUGAACCUUAGCGAGUGGGACGCACCGCUGCUCAAUACGCUGGAGCUGAACCGAAAUCAACUCACACAGCUACCGAUCGGUGUGAAGCGACUGUCUGCCUUAUGUUUUUUGCACUUAUCCUACAACCAUCUUACAUCACUCGACCUGCAACAGUUCGUCAACCUUACGAAUUUGACCACGAUCGAUGUGUCCAACAAUCGACUGCGAAUCAUACUGCCACUGUUCCUGCCAGACACGAACCAGACGACCAACCUGAUUACCCUUCCGAGGCUUCAGCAUCUUUUGCUGUCAAAUAAUGCUCUCACGCACAUCGAUUUCGACCGUUUGAAUCUACCUGCCCUGGAACGCCUUAUCCUUAGUGCCAACCUACUUCACCGACUGCCGAACGUCUUUAUACGUCGACUCGAGGUCAGCACAGAUCCGGAGCUAUACGUCGCGGUGCAAGAUUUGGUCCUGGCCGGCAAUGAGCUGGAGUACAUCGAUAUGGAGUUCUUCGUGCCACUCAGGCGGCUCAGGCACAUCGAUCUAGAAGGUAAUCGAUUGAAGCGAAUUGUGGUAACAGAGGGUAAGACGAUCAGAUUACCAGCGCUCAUCUCGUUAAUUCUCAACGAAAACUACUUGAAACAACUGGACCUUACCGAGUGGGACGCACCGUUACUCCAUAAGCUGGAGCUGAACCGAAAUCAACUCAAACAGCUACCGAACGCUAUCGAGCGACUGUAUGCACUGUGUUCAUUACGAAUAUCCAACAACCAUCUUACAUCACUCGACCUGCAACAGUUCGUCAACCUUACGAAUUUGACCACGGUCGAUGUGUCUAACAAUCGACUGCGAAUCAUGCUGCCACUGUCCCUGCCAGACACGAACCAGACGACCAACCCGAUUACCCUUCCGAGGCUUCAGCAUCUUUUGCUAUGGAGCAACGCUCUCACGCACAUCGAUUUCGACCGUUUGAAUCUACCUGCCCUGGAAAGCUUAAACCUUUGCACCAACCUACUUCAACGACUGUCGAACAUAUUUACCCGUUACCCAAGACUGAAAUCAGUAAUGUGCAUCGUAGCGAUGAUGAGACGACGAUCCAAGUAUGCUACGCUGAACUAUAACACUUUGAGCGCACAGUUCUAA